AUGAGAUUCGAACAUCUUGUCAGCUUUGGGCUGUUGCUGGCCACUUCGGCAGCAGAAGAUUCUAUUGAAGCCACGAGUGUGGUUGAAUCAAACCAUGUCGAUUCGAGCACGAAGCCCAACUUCCUGUUCAUCAUGACAGAUGAUCAGGAUCUCAAGCUGAACUCCCUGGACUACACCCCAUUGACCAUGAAGCACAUGGCCAAGAAGGGAACCACCUUUUCCAACCACUUUGUUACAACAGCUCUAUGUUGUCCAUCUCGCGUCAGCUUACUCACUGGUCGUCUGGCGCACAACACCAAUGUCACAGAUGUGCUACCACCGUGGGGCGGAUAUCCAAAGUUCAUUGACCAAGGCUUCAAUGACAACUAUCUACCAGUCUGGAUGCAACAAGGAGGAUAUGACACCUACUACACUGGUAAACUGAUGAACUCGCACUCAUUGGAGUACUACAACCAUCCACACGCCGCGGGUUUCAACGGCUCUGACUUUGUCUUGGAUCCCUAUACCUAUGACUACAUGAAUGCGACUUAUCAACGCAACCAUGAUGAACCUGUCAGUUACCUUGGUCGUCAUACCACCGAGGUUUUGCGUGAGAAAUCGAUGGGCUUUUUGAAUGAUGCCAUAGCAGGAGAACGUCCCUUUUUCCUGACUGUCACGCCUAUCGCGCCUCACUCAAACAUGAACGGAACUUACGGAGGUGGUGCCGGACCUCUGUGGAUGGAUGAGCCCAUCCCCGAAGAGCGCCAUAAACAUCUUUUCCCAGAUGCCAAGGUUCCGCGGACAGCAAACUUCAACCCUAAGGAGCCGAGUGGCGUGAGUUGGAUCCAUGAUCUUCCCCAUCGCAAUCAGUCUGUAAUCGACUACAAUGAUCACUACUAUCGCCAGCGCCUUCGAGCCCUCCAAGGCGUCGACGAGCUAGUUGAUAACCUCAUUACACGCCUUGAAGAAUCCGGAAAGAUCAACAACACCUACAUCAUCUACACCUCGGACAAUGGUUUCCAUAUCUCCCAGCACAGACUACCACCUGGAAAGACCUGCGGCUUUGAAGAAGACAUCAGGGUUCCCUUCAUGAUCCGUGGACCGGGAAUUCCAGAGAACCACGUCGAUGACACUAUCACCACACACAUUGAUAUUGCGCCAACUCUGUUCGAACUUGCUGGUCUCCCCCUGAGAUCGGACUUUGAUGGUACACCUAUACCAAUCUCCGAGCCGAUUGAGGGCGCUCAUGAGCAUGUUACGGUCGAGUAUUGGGGACGUGGAAUGCUGGAGGGUGGAUUGUCGAACCUUGGCGUUCCCACCGUGCCGAACAACACUUACAAGGCUGUCCGUGUGCUUGCUGAUGAUUACAAUUUGUUCUACUCUGUGUGGUGCAACAAUGAGCAUGAGCUCUACGAUAUGACUACGGAUCCUUACCAGGUCAACAAUCUGUGGAAGAAAGACCUUCGAGACGUUGAAGUUCUCGGGUACCCCAUGUCCGAGGUCAUUCCCAGACUAGAUGCACUUCUCAUGGUGUUGAAGUCAUGCCAUGGUUCGGAAUGUGUCAAGCCUUGGGGAACGCUACACCCAGAUGGCUCGGUCUCAACCCUCAAGGAUGCAUUGGACGAGAAGUAUAACCGGUUCUAUCAUUCACAGCCGAAGGUCUCAUUUGACCAUUGUGUAUAUGGUUAUGAGAUUGGGGUUGAGGGACCUCAGGAUGUCUUCGCUUACAAGAACGGAUACAGUCUGGAGUCAUGGGUUUGA